AUGGUGGGAAAUGUGUGGUUUUCUUUUUUUAUUGUGACAAUUAUGGCAGCGGUGUUAGAUGGCCAGACCUUGGGAGGACCUAUGCAUGGCAAAGUAGUGGUGUGUUACGUAGCCAGUUGGGCUGCUUACAGAACUGGUGCAGGCAAGUUCGAGCAGAGCGACCUGGAGCCUUCUCUCUGCACUCAUCUAGUAUAUUCAUUCGCUGGUCUGGACGAACAUGGCCAUAGCAUUAAGAGCUUGGACCCUUGGCAAGAUCUUGAAAAGGACUACGGCAAAGCGGGUUACAAACGAAUGGUGGCUUUGAAAGAGAGGUACCCGCAUCUUAAAGUGACGUUAGCUAUUGGAGGAUGGAACGAAGGUUCUCUGAAGUAUUCAAUAAUGGCGGCUAGCCCAGAAACGAGGGCAAAGUUUGUGCAGAGCGUCUUGCUUUUCUUGGAUACAUACAAAUUUGACGGACUAGACUUGGACUGGGAGUACCCGACGAGGCGUGACGGUAGACCUGAAGACAAAGCAAACUAUGUGUUAUUAGUCAAGGAACUAAAAGAAGCCUUCGAGUCUAGAGGUUACAUACUGACGGCUGCGCUCGGAGCUGGCAAAGAGACCAUGGAAUCAGCAUAUGACCUCGCCAAGUUGAGUCGGUAUCUGGACUUCUUGCAUAUGAUGUGUUACGAUUACCACGGCACCUGGGACGGUGUUGUUGGGGCCAAUGCCCCGCUACGAGGGACCAACGAUCAGGACGUGUUAAGCGUGGAAUUCACCAUCAAAUACAUGUUAGCUCAUGGCGUCAGUCCUUACAAGAUGGUGCUAGGUCUUCCCAUGUACGGUCGUAACUUCAUUCUGGAGAAUCCUGGCGUUAAGAAAAUUCUGUUCGGAGUCACAACUGUCAAGAGUAUGGGAUUCCCCGGACCUUUAACUAAGGAAGCUGGGUUCAUGGGUUAUAAUGAGAUUUGUACGGAAGUAACAAAUAAGUCAGCGACAUGGACCCAAUACUGGCACGAACAGACCGCAACUCCGUACUUGCGGGACGGUGCAAGAGUUAUAUCAUACGAUAAUGCAAGAUCCAUUGCCAUUAAAGUCAAAUUGGCCAUAGACUACGGUCUCGGUGGUCUCAUGGUGUGGAGUAUUGACACAGACGACUUCCGCGGCGCGUGUGAGAGCGAGAAGGAUGCAUACACAGACUUUGUGGAUAGAUAUAAUAAGAUUGUAGACGAGCCAAUACUGCAAGAAGCUUUGAAGACACUAAACCUACCUGAUGCGAACCGAAUAGAGAACUUAAGCAGACGCACAGCCUAUGUUAUUUCAAAUGGACGCUUACACCUUCGACUUCCAGAAGGAAACUACUCCAACUACAAUCUAAUGAGAACCAUCGACGAAGCCACUCUAUUAGCACUAGAAGAGAAGAGAAUCCUAGAUGAGAUAGAGUUGGUAAACAAGAAGAAUGAAAUUGGUUAUGAGCCCGAUUCAGCUGUUGUCCUAUCUAGUAGUUAUUUAUCUAUGGUUCUAUGUUUUGCCUUACUUUUCUAUUGA